CAGCUGGUAUAUCAUACCAACACAGUGGUGCAGUAGGACAAUGCAUGCCGGCGCCAUGCGAGGUCGGCAAGACCGUGUUGUAGAGUGGUACUGGGCUUACCGCUCGCCUAGGUCAGCCUCCGUAUGCCCAAAACGGUAGCAAUCGGCUUAAGGCCGUUCUAUGUGCCGGCGGGCAGAGGGAAGAUCGCAGUGCAUAGACUGUGCCGUUGUGCCUUUCCCGAGGUUUGUCAUUCGUGCCGUCAGCCUCGCGUCUUGCCUAGCCGGCUCCGACAGGAACAGGGUUCGGCGCGUGCAGCGGGAGCGCAUGCAUGUCACUUAGCAAAUCGUAAGUGGUGGCCCGAGCAGUGCAUCUACAGCACGCUGAGAGACAUGCUGAGAGUCGAGUUGAGGAACGACAGAACAUCGCAGAAAGCGCAGGAUGUGAGACCCACUCAUGCGUCUGGUGCGACGUGCCUUAGUACGGCUGGGCGCACAGGGGUGGCAGCGCAAGCUCAUGCACUGUAGCAUAGGGACGAUU